AUGAAUCAGCGUCCUUCUAGUCGUCCAAAAGCUUCCUUGUAUGUUGGAGACAUACACCAACAUGUUACCGAGGCAAUGCUCUACAACCACUUCAGUCCCGCCGGGACCAUCCACUCUAUCCGCGUCUGCAGAGACAGGGUCAACAAGCGCUCUCUGGGUUAUGCCUAUGUCAACUUCAAGAGGUCAGUGGAUGCCGAGCACGCCUUAGAUUUCUUGAAUUUUAAACUGACUGAUGGCUCUCCGAUUCGUGUAACUUGGGCCCACCAGCGCGACCCGACCCUGACAAAGAGCGGUGUGGGUAAAGUCUUUAUUAAGAACCUGGACACGUCAAUAGAUAACGAAAAUCUAUACGACACCUUCUCUGGCUUCGGCAAAAUCUUGUCGAGCAAGAUUGCAUGUGGUAACAAUGGCUCAAAGGGCUAUGGUUUUGUUCAAUUUGAGACCGCGGAGGCUGCCGAGAAAUCUAUAGAAAGAUUGGACGGUAUGCUGUUUAAUGACAGAAAAGCAUUUGUGGGCCGCUUCAAAUCUCGCAAGGAGCGCCAAGCUGAGCGCUUUGGUUCAUGCGCAAAGUUCACCAAUAUCUACAUCAAGAACUUUGGACAGGAUGUGGAUGAGCAGAAGCUGACAGAGGUGUUCAGCAAGUAUGGAAAGAUCACGAGCGUCUGUGUCAUGAAGGAUGAGAAUGGCAAGUCCCGAGGGUUCGGCUUUGUGAACUUUGAGAGGCACGAGGAUGCGCAAAAAGCUGUGGAUGACAUGAAAGGAAUGCAAAUUAGCGGCAAGCUGAUCUAUGUUGGCCGCGCCCAGAAGAGGUUAGAGCGUCAGUCCAAGCUCAAGCGUUGGUUCCAGCAGAACCAGGCUCGCAUGACAUGCCCUUCUAAGCAGCUGCAGCACAUGAGUGCCCAGAUCCACUCCAAGACCAAAGCCCAGGUCAAGGUCCAGACCCUGACCCAGGAAAAUGCCCAGGUCGAGACCCAGCCUAAGGUCCAGACCCUGGCUCAGGCUAAUGUCCAGACCCAGCUUCAGGCCCAGAUCCAGACCGGGACCCAGGUCCUGACCCAUGACUUCACCCUGGCUUUGGUGUCUAUGCAGCAGGUGUAA